AUGCCCCGCGCAACGAAUCGGAGUUCUAGUGCGGCUGAAAGUGCUGCUGACAACGGGGAUACGCAGAACUCGGGCAACCUGGGGAGUGGAAGCGCGCGAGCAGCGCCGCGACUGCGAGGCCCCGGGAGAGCUCGUGGUGCCUGGCGUGGAGUAGCAAACGCGAGCGCUGCUACCUCGGGUCGGGUGCCUGCAUCGCGAUCACGAGUCACGCGAAGUCGAUCAGGGACCAGUGCGAGUCCAGAGGCGACAGAAUCGACGGAUCCAGUGGCUACGGCAACCGGAGCAGCUCCGCCGACACCUGUGGAGCUCUCCGCGGUACUCGCCUCGGUAAGUGCAAACGAAUACAAUCAGGCGCUCGCAGCGGAGUUGCUGGAGUUAGCGGAAGUCUACGAGUCGGGGUUUGCAUCGGCGUAUGAGCCGUCGCUAUUCCAGCAGUUUGAUGAGCGAGACUUGCGGCGAGCGCAGUCGCUCCGGUAUGCGGCCUGGCGCGUUCGCCAACUUCCCGAAAACUGCGGUAUUUUGGUACUGGAUGAAGCCAGCCUAGCACAAGUGUUGUUUGAGGGACAAUGGAUAGCGUUUGCAAAGGAGCCUCAUUUACCUGUAAGUCAGAACGGCGUACCUGUCCACAUAGACGUGCACCAUGCUGAGGCGGCAGCAGCUGCAGCCACGGGACUCGACACCGAGGACGCGCCGUAUCUAAAACUCUUCCAGAGGGUUCCCAUGACGCGCGUGAUUUUCUUCGAUGUGCUCCCAGCCGUGCGCGAAUUUGCUCUACUUUGGGGAUCGGGUAUCGCCAGAGGCAGAUCACCAGAAAAUCUGCUCGAGCUUCGCACCUUUCGAGACGAGAGUGCAGCCCAGGCGCUGACGCUCUUUCAUUGUGUCUGGCAUGCGAAACGAAUUCGCGCAAUGCAGUGGUAUCAUGCGGGGUGCAAAACGCUGGAAGAAGUUGCAUCGCGGUGUCGUCUCACGGACAAGAGGUUUCAAUUGGGGAUUCUCUACUACGAUGAUUUUCGGCUCUUGGUGCCGUACGGCGAGGUUGCAGCGAUUACGAGCAUCUUUGCGUCGGCGUCUACGGAGAUCGAUGCAGAUCUCUCGGUGAUUCCGGUCGGUGCACUUCGACGCAAUUACCAGGAAUGCGGCGAUGUGGACUUGAUCGUGACAGGCGAACCGGAAACCCUGCACCCCGACGGUGAACGAUACGGCUCGUUGAAAGCGCUUAUCAAACUGCUCCGUGAGCGACAUUUCAUAACGGAUGAGGCGGUUUCCAUAGAGGUUGCAAUGCAGCGACUGCAGCGGAUACGCGAGAGCGAGGCCUACAUGGCCGCGCACAUGGGUCUGCUUCCCGACGAGCGCACGAAGCCCUAUGUCCGACCCGACUGGGCGGGCAUCAUCCAGGCGCCCGGAUACCCGUCCGGGCCGGAUGGUAACAGGCACAGCGACAGCUGCACCGAUGCUGCGUACAACCUUCCAGCACUGGGCGGUGCCAUGGUGCAAACUGCAUCUAGCUGGGCGGGCGUGGACUUGCUUUCCUCGUCGCUGCCAGCAGCGGAGUCCAUGGCUGGCGUUACGGCAUCGGUGUCGGAGGAGUCGACUGCCCUGAUGGCAACGGCCGCGAAGUCACAGUCCCCGCUACCGUACUGGUGGGCAACGCAUCUGCACGACGACGAACUCGAUACGGAGGAUGAGGUCACCUGGUCUGGAGUCGUUCGUCUCGCCGGGAAACCGCAUCGCAGAGUGGAUAUCUAUGUUGUCGAGAAAGAUGAGCUACCCUGGGCACUGAUCUGCUACACGGGCUCGCGAGCGUUUGUGAACGCCUUGUUGCGCCACGCCCGGCAGAAAGGAUUGUACCUGAGUGCCCGUGGUGUCCGAAAGCUAGGUCAUGCGUUGGGUCCAGGCUCGGGAGGUUUCGUAGCGCUCGAAGGGCCCGCGAUGCACAAGGAGCGAUCGUCGGACGCAGGCUCCCGCGCAGCGUCAACUGCGAUGGACUGCUCGGAUACGCGGGUCGAGGUCGAUCCCAUGGAACGGUUUCGCAACGUGCAUUCCGAGCGUGCAGCGUUCGAAGCACUCGGUCUGCGGUAUCGAGAGCCCACCGAACGGGAAUCAGCAGAUGAUCUCAUCGUUGCUCAUGAAAUACCGGAAGUAUCUUGA